AUGGGGAACGCUGAUUAUGGCAAUCGUUACUCCAGCCGUGACUUUGGCAGCGGUGCUGCUAACCAAAACUCGUACCACUAUAGCAACAAGGACAGUUCUUAUUAUUAUAGUAAUUCAAAUGGCUCCGAGUAUUAUAACGAUGGGGAGGGCAACGCUGUUUAUGUUCCCCCAAGCUCUGGGUCCAGCGGUACGGCAAAGAAGUAA